AUGUCUACGUCUGAACACACGUCACCUCCUCGGGUUCUACGUGUCCCCAGGUCUGAUGAGCCCGACAGUUAUGUGCUGCUCCACGUCGCGCGCACCAAUACGGCUGCACUCGACUUGAAUCUCACUGCAACGGAAGGAGAAUUUCCGUAUAAUGGGGUCGUGCGACAGGCUCGUGCGAAGACUCACCGUUCAAAGGGUUACCAGGGAACCGAUGAGGACUGGGUUCUUAUCCUACUGCGUGCCUUGGGUCAGCUAGAGAUCAAUACAGACAAUUCAGAUCUGCUAUCUGGUAUUGAAUUAUCAGCUAGCAUCAAGGGGCAGGGUAGGCAGGGCAAUCAACUGGUCCUCACUAUUCGCCGGAGGGUCCAAACUAUAACUCAAAGACUCGGUUCUAUAGCGCUAAAGCAGGAUGAUGAGCAAGCUAUCCAGCUAUUUGACUGGUCUGCUAUCGCCGUUGCCAGAGCUGAUAUGCUUGAGCAGCAGUUAUUAAAAUUGCAACGGCACUAUCACGAAGCCGACAGCACUAUCGAGCAGCUCAAUAAGCAAAUUGAAGACUUCAUAUCUGCAAAACGCCGCCAUGAGGAACAGCUUAUGACGAACUUUACGCAAGUUCUAAAUCAGAAAAAGCUCAAAAUUCGCAAUCAACAACGCUUGUUGGCUUCAGCGAAAAUUGAUGUGGACGAUGCUGGUAAACAUCAGGCCGCCUCAUCAAAAGUCGGGGCCCGUGUCGGGAGCAAGAAGCAUGCGAAACGUCCUAUUGUGGAAACGAGCGAUGACGAUGCUGAAAGCGAUAAUGGCUCGGAGAGCUUGGAUCAGACCAAGCCUCAAACCAGCCCAGGAAGGAUCUCAGAUACGGACGAUGAACCGAAUUCUACUCCCCAGCCAUUGGAGGAUGUAGAUGAUACUACUGAUGAAGAUUCACCCACAGCGUCCGGCAUCGACCAGGGGGUAAGUGAACAAAAUAAAACGGAAGAAGCCUAUCAUCCAUCUAGGAUGCAAAAACAGUCACCGCCACCCCGCAGGGAACUUCCAUUCACCAGAGGGUCAGGAUCAAGGAAAGACACAAUACAAGAUCUACAGCAUCAACAAGACAAUGCCGAAGAAACCGCAGGCGAGACAGACGAUGAUGAGCUAUGA